AUGUAUAGAACUAUUUCUAGAUCAUCUUCAGGUCUUAUUCGUCAGUCAACUGCAAGACUCACCAGACAGUUAUCCACUACCAGAACUACACCAAGCCAAUACAACUCGAAAUUACUACUUGGAGUCUUGGGAACCGGUGCCUUAGCUUUUGGAUACUUUUCACAACAAUCAAGUUUAAUCCAAAAUGCAUCCACUGCUGAAAACAUUGAAAAAGUUUUUGAAGAAGGUAAUGCCGUUGCCAAAGACGCCCAAGAAUCAUUGGAUGCAAGACAAGAAAAAGUGAUCAAGGAAAAUGAACAGAAAACAAAAAAAGCAGAAGAUGCAAAAACAUCUUCUGAGUCCAAGGCAAAUGUCGCUGACAAGAAAAGCAACUCACAACCUGAAGGUGAACCUGAAGGAGAAGGUAAACAAGAAGCUGCAUUUAAUCCAGAUACCGGUGAAAUCAAUUGGGACUGUCCUUGUUUAGGAGGUAUGGCCCAUGGUCCAUGUGGUGAAGAAUUCAAGGAAGCCUUUUCCUGUUUUGUAUUUUCUGAAACUGAACCAAAGGGAAUUGAUUGUAUCAAGAAAUUUGAAAACAUGAGAUCUUGUUUCAAGAGAUAUCCUGAACAUUAUAAGGAUGAAUUAUAUGAUGAUGGCGAAGAAGAAGCAAGUACCGAGGUCGUUGAACAUGUUGUUCUUGAGACUUCUGAACCUGCAAUUGAACAAAUUGAACAAGGAAUCAAGGAAGAUAAGGUCAAACCAAACACUAAAUCUGAUUAG